AAUCGAUAGCUUACGAAAAGGCCACAACGCUGACCUUCGCUUUAUCACACAAAUUUCGUACUUGGGAGCGACAGCCACACAAACUCGAUCCUUGGGGGUAGGAAUUCAUUUGCCAGCAUAAAUAGUUCCGAAUUAUCCGUUCUAAGGCUUUUAUUUUAAACCGAAGAAAGGUUUCGUUGAUUGUUCAAGCGUGAAGUCUGCCGAGUUCAGGUACUCAGAAUGGAAAAGGAGUCAUUGGACACUUCGAAUCCCGAGUUCAAAAUAGAAAGCGGUGAAAAACUGAGGAAAGCCCAAGAUAAAUUUACCCUAAAGCGCAUGCUCGGUAUCGCGGGAUCAUCCGCCAUGGUGGCGGGGAUUAUGAUUGGUUCUGGUAUAUUCAUAUCCGCACGAUGGGUCCUUGUGUACAGCGGAUCCGUUGGCAUGGCAAUGCUGCUGUGGGCGCUUUGCGGACAGGUUGCGUUUGUGGGAGGCCUGUGUUGGGUAGAGCUUGCUCUUACAUUUCCAAAAUGCGGAGGAGAAUACAUGAUCAUCAAGCAAACGUUAGGAUCACCAUUGGCAUUCAGUAUCGUCUGGUUAAAGCUGAUAAUUGUCAUCCCUUGUUCCUCCGCAAUAACUGCACUCACGUUCUCCGCAUACGCCAUCGAACCAUUUUUCCGCGAUUGCUUCGAGAGGGAUGAUCUUGAGGCCCCGCGUAAGAUCUUGGCUGCGUUCACUUUAUGUUUUAUUACAUACGUGAAUGUGAUGAGUGCCAAGGUUGCCGCGCGGGUACAGAACGUCUUCACGGUCGGCAAAACCCUCGCCUUAGUCAUGAUCAUCAUCACAGGGCUCGUCAGACUGGCACGAGAUAAAGGUUCCUCCACUAAUAACUUCGACGAACCCUUCGAUGGAACGACCUCGGUGAUUGGGAGGAUAGGACUUGCAUUCCAGGCUGGACUUUGGGCGUUUGAAGGAUGGGAUGCAUUAAAUGAUGUUUCAGAGGAAGUAAAAAAUCCCCGGAGGAAUAUGCCACUGGCUGUGCUGGGAAGUAUAUCAGGAGUGACUGCCAUCUAUUUCUUGGUUAACAUCGCCUAUUUUGCUGUGCUCACGAGUGACGAAGUAAAGGAAUCUCCAGCGACGGGCGUGGCGUUCGCCGCGAAGAUGUAUGGUUCAUUUGACUGGAUUAUUCCAGUGUGUGUGGCGUGCUCUGUUUUCGGUUCUCAGAAUGCUUCAACCUUUACCAGCGGAAGGAUUUUUUUCGCCGCUGCAAGGGAAGGCCAUUUACCAAGCUUCUUAGCAAUGAUUCACAGAACCAAACGUACUCCAGUUCCAUCUCUCCUAUUCCAGAAUAUCAUAGCUUGUUUAUUACUGAUCCCGGCAAAAGCUACCAUCGCCAGCCUUACAAGUGUGUUCAGCUUUGGUGAGUGGUUUACGUACACCAUUACAGUUGUGGGACUCCUGUGGACGCGCUAUCGGCGUCCAGGCCUUCGCCGACCAUUUAAACUCCCAAUCCUGGUGCCCGUGCUUUUCUUCCUCAUGAGUGUAUACCUCGCCCUAUCGCCCGCGGUCAGCGCUCCCAUGGAAUCCCUGUGGAGCUUUCUCUUGCUUAUGUCCGGGAUACCUGUGUAUUACGUAUUGAUACAUUGGAAACUCGCCCCGAAGUGUAUUUCUAGGAUGCUAGACUCGUUUGCCUACAAGGUGCAGAAGGUUCUAGACGUUGUUUAUCCCGACACUGACGUCAGAAUUUGAUGAGCGCCACAGGGAGACCACUGUUUUGAUGUCAGAUAAGUUCCAUUAAAACAAGAAAGGUUGAUCUCCAUUUAGUCAUAUAGUCAUGGCUUUUGGGAGAAUUAAAACUCAGCGACACAGAUACGUGUCUCAUUCAUUAUUCCCGCUCCCAGGCCUUUUUUAUUUUUUAGCGAGCGUCUUCGACUAAGAAACCCACGGGGAGGGACGAGGUUUCAGUGGUGUGACGAAAUCACCCCACAAAACAAGGCAAGGGGACGAUAUAUAUUUGGAAAAAGAUUUUCAAAAAGCAAUCCUUGACUAAGAAAAAUAGACGAUCUUCAUGAAAAAAACGAAUAGAUUGCAAAGAAAUGCUUCGCAAAGAAUAAUCCCUUAUACCCCUUAAUCUGUUUCUAUAGCAACAUAGAAAGGACACCUUAAUGGGUUUACAUGUUGCAAUAUAGGGUGAAGCGGAGAGCCAGUGAAAGUUAAACUCAUAUCACAAAAUAAAAUAACAAAAAGGACGUGUAGCUUU